AUGCUGUCGAGCGACCGACACGAGCCGAAGAUAGACCUGCACAAGGUGCAGUGGCGCAUGCCGCACGUGUACCUGAACGAGAUCAACAAACUAUGGCUACUGCGCACCCUCGAGAGCGGGCGAUUUCUCAGCAUGGCCACGACCGCGCACACCUGGGCCGUGAAAGCGGCUACGCAGCUGGAAAAGCCGCGCUACGUCAUCUUCGCGCUGCAGACCGGUCGAAGGAACGUCGCGACGAAGGACGCCUCUCUGUUCGAUGAGUGCGACCUCUCCAACGUGAAGCUGUUUCUCAAUUCGGAGUUCUAUCCCUACGACGACAAUCAUCUGGACUUUACGAAAAAUCGGUACGCGGUGCUGUACGACAUGUACGCCAGAUUCCGCAGAGCGUAUUACGCGCUCGAUCGGGACGACGACGGUGCGAUGCUGACGAUGAGUAAGUUCCUACACUGCGGUCCGCUCGUGGUGAUAGACUGCUCGAGACAGAACGAGUCGGUGAAGAGCGCCACCGUUGACGUACGCAUAGAGUUCGACUGUAGGCGUAACGUCCCGCCCGAGACCACGGCUUCCUGCCUCAUACUUCACGAUCGCGUAGUCGAGUACAACCCGCUGACGAGCGUGGUACGACGCGUCGUAUAA